AUGUCGGCCGCGCUGAGAGACAUAGGCAGCGAGCUGGGCGCCCAGCUGGCCCUCCCCAUCACCUACGUCGUCACCGCCUUCCUCUCCAUCGCUCUCUACAAUGUCAUCGAGCUGACCUUCAUCCUUUUCCUCACCUUCAAACGCCGCAAGGGCCUCUAUUUCUGGAGUUUCGUCGUCGCCUCGGUCGGGAUCGCCAUUUACUCGAUCGGCUUCGUCCUCAAGGACUUUAAUCUCGUCGCGGUCUCCCUCUCCUAUCUCUACGUCACGUUCAUUGUCCUCGGCUGGUGUGCCAUGGUCACCGGCCAAUCCAUGGUCCUCUACUCGCGUCUCCAUCUGGUCGUUCGCCAUCAUUUCCUCCUCCGCUUCGUCCUCGCCAUGAUCAUCUGCGACGCCAUCUUACUGCAAAUCCCCACCACCAUUCUCUGCUACGGCACCAACUCCCCCGCCUCGGCGACCUUCGCCGUCCCAUACGCCAUCUACGAGCGAAUCCAAGUGACCGUCUUCUUCGUCCAAGAAUCCAUCAUCUCGGGCGUGUACAUCUUCGAAACCUUCAAACUCCUUCGUUCCGAAUCCCCCAUCCUGGAAGAAACACAUCGAGAAGCCGCUCGACGACUGCUCCUGCACCUAAUCAUCAUGAACAUCAUCGUCCUCGUCCUGGAUGUCGCUAUCGUGGUCCUCCAAUUCAUCGGUCGCUAUGCCCUACAAACCGUCAUCAAGGGCUUCAUCUACAGUGUCAAGUUGAAGCUCGAAUUCAAUAUCCUCAACCAACUCGUGGCGUUCGUGUAUCAUCCGCAUAUGUUGAACUCCGGGAGUCCGGAGGAGGGAACCUCGUCGAGGAAUCUCUGGGAGGCGAGUCCUCAGGCGGAGCAGGGGGCGGUUUCAUCUUCGGAUCAGUCGCGUGCGCAUCGCAGGUAUUGUGCGUGGGCGAUGGUGGCGCAUCGAGUCAGACGGGAGUUUGCGAUGUCGGGGGAGCAGAAGGCUUCUGGGAUUAGACGGGCCGCGAGGAGACAGAUGGGGUCGGUUGAUAUGGCGCAGAAUCGGGUUUGA